UUGCCCCAUCCCGAUUCCCUCCUCCAUUCCCUCCGCCAUUGUUCAAAAAUCAAAACUCCAAACUUUUCUCCUGUCCUUCCUCCCAUCCCACAACUGCGAUCCGAGAGAGAGAGAGAGAGAGAGAGAUCAGGAGGCGGCGGCCAUGGCGGGAGAGGUGAGCAAGAAGGAGGUCGGGAGCGUCCUCAUGCAGGCCAUGAUGGCCGCCAAGAACCUGCGCCCGCAGCGCGACCGCCUCCUGCAGCUCCAGCGCCGCCUGCAGCGCCUGCGGGCCGCCACCCCCGCCCCCGCGGACGCCGACGACGCCAAGCUCCGGGAGCUCGCCACGGACCUCUUCAAGGUCUACUACAUCGGCAUGGAGGCCGGCGCCCGCAUGCUCAGCACCUGCCUCGAGCUGGCCGUCAAGAACGGCGGCCGCUUCGCCAUGAACCCCUCCUUCGCCGUCAUGCCCGACGAGCAGCUCCACGACGCGCUGCUCGCGCAGCGCCUCCCGGCCCGCCCCACCACCCAGCCCGAGGCCUUGGCCCGCGUCGAGGCCGCGCUCUUCGCCGUCAAGCUGCCCGAGGAGUACCACAUCCCGCGCUGCAUCGAGCACCUCGUCGGCUCCCGCCCCCCGCACCCCGGCGGCAAGCACGGCACCGCCUCGCCGGACGGCAAGCCCAAGACGGCCAUCGACCUGGACAAGGCCCUCGACUUCCUGGACCGCGGGUGCACCAUCCUGAGCCUCGCCGUGAAGCACGUCGACCUCGCCGUCGCCGUCCUCUCCCGCUUCCUCGACCCCAAGGAGCUCGCCAGCCUCGCCGAGUUCACCGACAAGGUCACCUACAUCUCAGAGGACGGGCCCUACCCAUCAUCAUAUUAGCCAGCUCACUACUUCAGCUGAUCGAUCGAGGCUGUUGACAAUGGAUUGAAGGGGGUGGGAACCCUCCAAUUGUUGAUCCAAGCCAUGCUCCUCCUACCAAUCAGUCUUUUUUUUUAUCUAUCAUGAUCUCUAGCUACUUCAUUAUUCAGACUUACGAUUUCAGUUUAGUUCAGUUUGGUCAGAUUAAUCUGCUGCUAUGCUACUAUCUGUGUUUACUUAAUUCCUGAACGGCCGUGGAUAUCUUUCUGGAUCACUUCAUCAGUUAGGUGUAAUGUAGUAGUAGUGUAAUAUGCAUCUUAUCUGUGGGACAAUCGAAUCUGAUGUCAAAUUUGGGAUUUUGGACAUGCUGCUAUAAUUUUAAUCAUGUUCUGUGA